AUGGCAGUCAGCGUCGACGAUGCUAUUGACCUUGCAAUCUUUUCUUUCGUGAUUUGGAUCAGUUUUAUAUCGGUAUGUACUGGCUUGUUAGUGUUGAAAACACUGUACAACGUAUCUCCUUUACACCCACUCUGCAAGUAUCCUGGUCCGCUCCUAUGGCGAGCAUCUCGUCUACCAGCUUCAUAUCACCAUGCUCGUGGCGACCUAUACAAGUAUAUCACCGCCAUACACUCCGAUUACGGUGCUACAGUCCGAAUAGCGCCAGAUGAACUGUCAUUUACAUCUCCUGAAGCGUGGCCCCAGAUCUACAAUUCUCGACCACAGCUCCAGAAGACACAGUUCCACUUUCCACCUCAAGAUGAGGAAGCAAGACUUCCAGGAAGUAUGAUCACAGCGCCCGAUACAGAACAUGCACGACUGCGACGACUCACUGGCCCCGCUUUCCUCAACUCUAGUAUUGCAGAAGUCGAGCCUGUCCUACAGCACUACACGGACUUGCUGUGCAGCCAACUUACCGAGGCCAGUUCCGAAGGCCCUCAGAACAUGGUCGACUGGUUACUGUGGACGCUCAACGACGUUAUCGGUCAGUUGGCGCUCGACCAGGAGUUUUUGUGCUUAGAGAAGAGGCGUAUGCAUCCCUGGCCCAGCUUCCUUCUGAGCGUGCUCAAGACCACAGCUACGUUGAAUCAAUUCGUACGAUUUGGCUUUCGUAUGAAGUGGUUGGCGCCAUUGAUACCUAAAGACAAGAUGGCGGACAGGGAAAAUUUCUUCAACACAGCUACUGAUGCUGUGAACCAACGACUGGCGCGAGAGAAGGAGGAGAGUACAAACUCUGAGGCUGGCUCAAAGAAGAAUGCAAGUAUGAAGCGGCCUGAUAUCAUUGGUUUGAUGUUGAGGGAGAUGAAGGGAUGGGACAGAUUGACCGACGCCGAGAUUACUGCUAACUCAGUCCUUAUCGUCGGAGGUGGUGCAGAAACGACCAGUACCUGUCUCAGCGCAACACUUUACCAUUUGUGCAAGACACCACAAGUCAUGGCAAGACUGAGGAGUGAAAUACGAGAUACUUUUGUUUCACCAGAAGACAUCACAAUCAAGGCCGUAUCGAACAUGCCGUACCUGAAAGCCACAAUUGAUGAGUCCCUGCGCAUCUUUCCAGUCGCCAGCUUCAUCACACCUCGUGUAACACCCCCGGCAGGUCACGUCAUCGAUGGCGAAGUGAUACCAGGCGGCACUUAUGUCUCAAUGGGACAGUGGUUUAUGGGUCGAUCUGAACGAUUCUUCCACCGAGCAAAAGAGUUCAGACCCGAGAGAUGGUUAGGGCCAGAAGUCAAAGAAGAAGGACCAUAUGGUCUAUCCACGGACGAAGUCCUCAGACCCUUCAGUCUUGGUCCGAGGAAUUGUAUAGGCAAACUUCUUGCUCUCGCUGAGGCACGACUCGUCACAGCAAAGCUGUUAUGGCACUUUGAUAUGAAGCUUGAAGGAGGACAAGAUGACUGGGUAGAUAAUGCGAGGUUCUACAUCUUAUGGGAGUUACAGCCGCUGAUGAUCAAGUUCACUCCAGCGAAUAGAUCUUGA